CAUUUUCCAAUCGCAAAUUACAUCAUUGGUGCCAGCAGCAGAAUGGACGAUUCCAUUGACGAGGAGGUGAUUUCGGGCGGCUCAACGAUCACCGUGGAGUUCAGUGGUGGAGCGGAAACUCUUUUCGGUGGUGUGAAGGAACACAUCGUACCGUUGGAUGGAUCGAAAAUAGUAUUGCUCGAGGAAAUGCUCCGAUGGCUAAGGGAUCAUCUGCUCACGGGUGAUGCUGGUCUGUUCCUCCAGGAAAACACCGUCCGGCCCGGCAUUCUGGUCAUGAUCAACGAUACCGACUGGGAUCUGAUGGGCGAAACGGAGUACAUCCUGCAGCCUGGCGAUCAUAUCCUCUUCAUUUCCACCCUCCAUGGCGGAUAAGCACCGUGGUCGGGAAACGAUACCUGUGAUAUACACUACUUCUACUACUACUACUACUACCACUACUACUGCUAACACUGCAGUAUCAAGUGCUGCUGCUUCUAACUACAACUACUUCAGCUGCUCCCGGUCUAGAAGCCGCAUGGAUCGUGAGAUAUUGUUAUUAGAUGGGAUGGGCGGUUUUUGUUUUUAAAUAUUGCCUUAGUGUUAAGAGUGAACUGGUUUUCGUCCCUCUGUCUCCCCCUUUUUGACCGUACGAUACG